CGACCCGCAAAGUAAAACACUAGUACGUGAUCAUUCUUCUUUGCGAAGUUCUAUCAAGAUGUAUUUUUAAGGCUGAAACGGCUAUCCGAUUUGCUACUAGUAUGUGACACGAGGAGGCGUCUCGCCUAGGCGCGGCGGCCACUACUCGGAUGUGAUAAGGGUUCAGAGCGCUCAACUUUCAAAAACGGCUAUCUUUGCCCUCCCAGUUCUACAACAUGUGAUGGAGCUGCCUGCAGUGCUUUCGCCAAUUGCUAAUUCUAAAAAAUUCAAUCUCAAUGCUUCUGCUGUUGCUGGUUUCUUCGGUGGUGAGGAAGCUAUCACUGCCAUGGCUACUGUGCACCUGUAUAGGGGGCGUAGAUGGCUCGGCUGGUACAACUCCCCCGGCAGCUACAUUAUAGCCAAGGAGUUUGGCAGGAUAUCCAGAUCAAGAUUUUGGAAUGGUCUUUUUCCUGGCUCCAGCCAUCAUGAUCCAGCUGUUGCAUUCAGGCUGGACGGGAAGACUGGCCCGAAAUAUGUGGCGUCACACUCAGGAACUGUCAUGCAGCAGACGGGGCACCUUGCACAUCUUCUGACGCAGGGGACAGAUCACUCGGUUGUGCCGCCAAUGCUUCUUCCUAGCGCACGAGAUGCUACAACCUCACUCAUCUCUAUUGUCACUGUCCCUGACAUCAAUUACGACAACCUUAGUAUGCAGACCAUACGCAUUAGCAAUCAUCAUGCCGUCUUGGCCAGCUUCCCUAUCCUGGUCAGCGUCGGUACAUGCAUCCUUUCCGCCUUAUUCGCAGACUGGUACUGCUUUGCGAUGAUCUUCCUCGGAAUUAUUUCUAGCGGUGUCACGUGUUUUGUCAUUGGCUCUGGAGACCUUGAUAUCGAGACGGUCAAGACUCCAGCGGAGGGUUCCCCUGUAGGAGACGGGAUGCUCUUGAUCAAUAAUAACGUCUUCAUCUUGAAGGGAAAGGAAAAGGAUGUGAAUGUAAUCACGAAGGGGAAAUUUGUGCUAAAGUUGAAAGGAAAACCAGAGUAUACAGCUAUUGGGCUGUGCUCGCUGCUCCUUGAGGUGCAGUUUCUGCUGCAGCUCCUCCUCAUUCCCCAGGGAUCGCUGAUUGGUCAGACCAUGUUCCUGACUUCAAUAAUUGCAUCCUGGGCGUACAACUCCUUCCUCGCGUCCCUGGACGAGGAAAAACUACAACGGAAACUGUUUUACGACACUAUUAAACUUCGGCAGCCAGCUGUGCUUAGUUUUAAAGCUAGCACUCGGACCAUCAUGGCUGUAUUCACAUGCUUCGUUCUCUGCGAAGAUAUACAAAGGCCUCUUCAGGGUGUCGAGCCGAUGAACAUCCUGUUGGAGUUGGUGCCCAAUGAGACGCCAGUGUGGCAGAAGUGGAGGGAGCAAGUGGUGGCUCAGGUCAAGAAAAAAAAAGAGGGCGAAACGAUUGAUUUCCAAUCUGGGAAUGUUGAUAUGUUAGUAGGGCUCGACGACCAUGACAAGACACUUUUGGCGAAUCUUCUGCAGGAUGCGGAGGAUGCGUACAAAGGGUACACGACUCAGCGACGAGCAACAACACUGCACCCUACUUUUACUGCUACCAUGGGGAUAGAACUUCAUAACUUCAACAUGUAGAACCCUUCCGCAAAAUUUGGAUUACAUAGUUUGACCGUCUGACUUGACGUAUCGGAUAGGUGACAAAGAAAUACUGUAUCGUAGUGGUAUUAGGACUAGUUGGCCGAUCUUCAAGGUGCCAGUGAUAUAACAAACAGCCAAUAGCCAGCCUGGACAAUGGCAACGAGCGUUUUGGGAGGCGAAUGUAUAUAGCGAAGUGCAGCAUGAUACUGUAUAUAGG